AUGGAUACUUUCCAGGAGAAACUGGACGCCCUUCAAAAGCAAUCCAAGGAACAGAUCGCAGCGGCUAUCGCAGCCAUGAAAGGCGCGUGUCGCGAAGGAGCGGAGCCCGUGCGAGUGGCAGUAGCGAUCGGUAGCCGAUUAACUCCUCUCAAUAUUUUAUCGUCUUUUCCAGUCGUCUGCCUACUGGACGCCAUGGUGAUGGCCAAAGGUGACGAGACUGUUGCACAGGUGAUGAAGGAAUUUUGGCGGAUUUCACCCUCUCUCUUCGUUAACUAUGCGACCACUGAUGAGGGGCUCCGUGAUAAGGUGGUUCGCGUCGUGCAGCGCUGGGGAAGCAAGAAACUCAUUGAACCACCAAUGUGCGAGAAACUGCUGGGAGCGAUAAAGGGAAUUAGGCCUGAUGAGGCAAGCAGCGCAGAAGAGGGCAAAGGGGAGAAGCGCAGUGAUGAGGCGCAGAAUGGGCGUAAAGGUGCUGUCUUCACGAGGUCUGAGGUAUCGGGAUUCUGCGCUAUCCUUCACAGUUGCACAAAAAUGAUUGAGAAACUCCCACCCCAUCGGGCCAGUAUGUACAUGGAAGUGGCGCAGAAGGAAAUGAGUUCGCACGUGCCAAACAGACCGGCGCUCCUUUUCUUCCAGGGGCUGCACGCUGAGUUAGGUAAGGAACUCACGCUUUACAAUAGCAAUGCGGUCAAGAAUGAGCACCAGUUAGCGCAGGCGGUGAGUGGCGGCCCUUCCGCUAAAGAAGCCCUUGGCAAUCUGUUGGACAAGCUGUCGAAAGAUCACGCCUCUCCAUCUCUCGAGGCGGGGGACGGAAAGGGACAUGCCUUUCACGUUGUGCGCUAUAUAACGCCCUUGCAGUCUGAUAUCUGCCAGCGCCUGUCCCUGGCGCGUCGCGCAGGUUUCGGUGACUGGUAUCGUCGCCCCAAGAACGAAUACCAUUACCCCAAGAGGGAAAGCAAUGCCCGGAAAGUUUUCCGCGCUCCGGCCGGGGCCGGGCCGCUAGUUAGAACAUGGUUCCCAAGCGAGCAGCAGUGGAUUAGUGAGAACAAUAUGGCCUCGCUUGGGCUAUUCCGUGAACGCGACCCGGACAAGGAAAGGGAGUCCUCCAGUUUAUACGCUGUGGCGAGGAAGCGAGAUCGAGACUGUUAG